AUGAUCGGACCAGGAUGUUUCUCGGUGGCGAUGGCUUUCAAGCAAGGCGGCCUAUGGAUUCUUCAACACUUCGAUGUUGGCACUAAUUUGACAAUCAAAGAGCUACUCCUGCUAUACACUAUUCCCACAAUAUUAAUCAACUUUGUACGUUCGAUACGUGCAGUGACGAUUGUUUGUACGAUUGGGAACAUCUUUAUUUUUGCAUCGAUAGCGCUGAUACUCGAAGAGCUAUUCACCUCCGAACAUCACUGGAAAGAACUCCCAUGGGUAACCAGCUUUGAUGGAGUUCUUCCAUUGGAGAACAAACUAAAGCAUCCUCAAGAUAUGCUUGGAUGGACAGGUGUACUUACUACAGGUAUGAGUCUCGUCACAAUCAUCUAUUCCUACUGUGGAUUCUACGGGUAUAUCACAUUUGGUAAUGCAGUACAGGGUAGUGUAACGCUGAACUUACCGGAUUCUACUGUAAAUGUUGUCGUCAAAUUCCUUCUGAUCUUUGUGGUAUUCUUUGGUAACGUCCUACAACUGUACGUCAUCAUUGAGAUGUUAUGGCCGAAAAUAAAAGAAAAGCUGGUGCUACGGGCGUAUCAAACUAUUACAAUAUCUCUACUCGAAUAUCUUUUCCGUAUCGGAGUCGUUUGUUUUGCAAUGCUAUGGGCUAUUGCCAUUCCGAAUCUCAACGAGAUUAUACCAUUUGUUGGUAUCACAGCAGGAAUGCUUUUAUCAUUGAUUAUCCCUUCAGUGAUCGAUGUGAUAGUAUUUUAUCCGGUUCGAUCCAAAUCUGACUCUGUGAUAAAGUUAAUAUGGUUCGUCAUGCAUAAUCUGUUUCUAUUUAUUGUUGGAUGCUUUUUCUUGGUAUCCGGACUGCAAGCGAAUAUUGUACAGCUUAUCAAUAAACAGUAA